AAAGUUAAUAAUGUUGGGGGAGUUUUCCCUCCAAAAUCAAAAGCAGCAAAACCCUAACCCUUCCUUCCUUUGUCCCAUUGCAUUGCGAUUUGCGAUUUGCGAUUUGCGAUUAGAGAGCAUUAGGAAUAAUGUCUAGCCAUGAAGACGACCUCGAUCUCCUCCUUUCCCUCCAGGAUAGAGUUGUUGACACCCCUCCCGCUUCUCCCUCACCAGUUUACCUCUCCGACGAUGAAUCGAUCAAGCAAAGGGAGAAGCCCGACAUGUCCGUAUUCAAAAACGCCGUUCAGGAUUGCCUUCCCUACGACCCUCCCAAAAUGCCCAAACCCACCAACAAACCCGAUUCUAAUGAUUCUCAGGUUGAAAAGUUUUCAGGCCUCAGAAUAAGGAACCAAUUGUUAACUCCCGCCGAGCUUAAGGAACACUUUUCAGAUAUUCGUUUUGUUCGGCUAUCAGUUAUCAAGAAUUCGUUGAUUGGGGAUACACUUUCUGGAAGUUGGGCGACUGUUGGAGUAUUGACCGAGAAGGGGAGUCAGAGGACGAGUUCGUCGGGGAAGGGCUAUUGCAUUUGGAAAAUUGGAUGUUUGGAUGAAAGUACUGUUUCUCUUUUCUUGUUUGGAGAUGCUUAUCAGAGGAACAUGCAAGAACAAGCUGGAACGGUCUUUGCGCUGUUUAAUUGUGCUGUCCGCAAGGAUAAUGCGGGAAAUGGUUUUACUUUGAGUAUAUACUCCCCUAAACAAAUUAUGAAAAUGGGCACCUCUGUUGAUUAUGGAGUUUGCAAAGGGAAACGAGCGGAUGGGAUGGCUUGUACUUUGGUCAUAAAUAGACGUCAUGGAACAUAUUGUAAAUAUCAUAAAUCAAAAGCAUCAGAGAAGUAUUCCACGAUGCGAAGUGAACUCAAGGGAGGAAACUUAAGAACAGCGUUUAGGCCAAGGGAUUACCUCAAAUCAGAAGGAAUUUACUUAGUUGAUCCUCUUGCUGACAAAACAAACUUAAAGAAGUCUCAGCCAGUGAAAUUAUUGUCGGUGGAUGGUCUCAGAAAGGCAUUGAGCAAUGCAGGAAAAGUAACAACAACUACUCAUUCUCAAGGGAUUAGGUUUCUUUCUGAGGUUGCAGGCAAGGCGGAUCCGAAAAUGAAGAAUAAAGGACCAAAGUUUCCCAAUGAACAAAACAAAUGCAUGGAGAAGAGGAAAUCAUCUUUUCCGAAUGUCGGUUCCGCUGGAACCCGACAGCUGGAUGUAAAAAGAAUAAAACCAGACAAGCAAGUUUUGGCUGAUAAAAUCCCAAAAAGUACAGAAAAGAUGAUUGAAUUAGAUUUUGUUAGUUCGGAUGAAGACUUCUGAAAUUUCUGUAUUGCUCAAUGCUCAGCCAUAGUUCUUUGUUGAGCACUACUAUUGGGCAAAAAUGUGUAGCAUGAAUAGAAAUUGAAGGCUUCUGCAUGAGGGUAUCAUUGAUUGGUGGUGGUAAUUAGGGAUGGCAAAGUGGGUCAUGGCCCGCGGGCCGGCCUGUUGGCCUGCCAAAAAUUGGCGGGCCGGGCUAAUCAUUUCAACCCGCCAAGCCCGCCCUGUCAAGCCUGCCAACCCGCCGGGCCAAAUAGAGGGCCGGCCCGCCACAACCCGCCGGCCUGCAUAUUUUUUUUUAUUUAAUUAUUUUUGUUUAUUUUAUUUUGAUGUAGAAGAUGAGGAUCAAGAUGAUUAAGAAAAAAAGUAGAGAUAACUUCUUUCAAGAGAGUUUCUAAUAUUCUUAAAA